AUGGCUGAGUCUACGGGUGUUGACCAAAUAAAGGCCGCUCUGCAGCUGUGCCUCACUCAAUGUCAGGCUACUUACCAAAAUGUUACUGCGUUUCCCAUGCGCUUUGAGGAUGAUGAUACCGGAGCGUUCAGGAAUUUCAAUAAUUCCAAGGGCCUUGCUUCAAUAUUUGCAAUCUCAAAUGUUGAGGAAUGUGUCAUUAGCCCCAACGAUAAAAUGCCAGGGCUGACAUUCAAAGCCACACCCAAUACCAAAACUUUUUCCGAUUCGACUACGUCGCAGACUCUGUAUUGA